AUGCUCAUGAGAAAUCCAAGCUCCAUAUUUCAUAACCGUAGGAAACCCUUCCCUCCUUCUAUUACUCUUGUGUUCUUCCUCAUCAUCAUCGUCUUGUCAUCGUUGGCGUUUACCUCUCCCCUUUUACCUUCCUCCAAUAAUUGUAAAAUACUUCCUCUCUCCUUGUCCUAUCCUGUUCAUCCCGAUUGCUCUCCGGGAGAAUAUUGCUCUGCGAAAUCUCUCAAAUGCCUUCUCAUCACUCAACAUCCAAAAUGGAAUCUGAAUUGUUCGAGAAAUCAAGUUCAAUCGAGUAGGGUGUGUGGAGAAUUUCCCAUAACCACCACCGCCUCGUCCAAUAAUCCUUCAUCUCGAGAGACUCUUUUGAAACAACAAAUUGAAAAUGACUAUCAGCAAAAUGUGUUGCAAUGUAUUCAUCAUAAAUGUCGUCAAUGUGAGGAACAAUCAAGAAAUUUCUCGAAUGGAAUGAUUUGUGUGAAUGGAGUGUGGCAAUUUGAACGUUAUUCCAAUUCCAUUGUGGAUUCGUAUUAUGAUUUGGUGUUUAAAAGAGAUGCUACAAGUAUCGUGUUGGUGGUGGGUAUGGCCGUCUUCUUAUUUAUCACCAUUGUCUCCCUUGGUGUGGAUGUGACUCGAAUUAUUCAGAGAAAGAGACAAGUGGCAGAGUUGGAAAUGGAAAUGGCUUCCAACGAGGAAUUUAUGGAAUACUACUCAAAAGUCAUGGAAAAGGAGAAGAGUAAAAGAGCAAAGAAGUUGAAAGAGCGAAUGAAAGCAUUGAAUGGAAAUAUCAUGUCCAGUAGUGAUGAUGACGAGGAAGACAAUCACGAAGAGGAUGAAGAGGAGGAAUGUUGUGAAAAUGUUGAAUUGAAAGAUGGUGGCAAAAACUCCUCCAACAAUGCCCAUUCCUCAAUCAUGCCACCACCACCGACAACAUCAGCCAAUGAAGCCAUUAUUGAGAUCGAUGAGGAACAAGAUCAUCAAACUGCCUCUCAACAUAGAGCGCAAAGAGCCACAUUCAGUGUUAUUGAGAAGAGUCUUGAAAAUGCUCGAGUGUCUAGUCAAUCUUGUAGACCUCUUCCUUUAACUCCAAUUCAAAGAAGGCAUCAAAAAUCUCUUCAGAAAGCCAUCGAACGAGCCAAGUUGCUAAAUUCAUCAUUUGAGAAUAAUGGGCAACCCACAACAAAGAGAGAGGAGGAACGACAUAGCCGGACCAUGGUCGUUACACCUAAUCCACAACCCCAACGAACGAAUCUGAGACCUCUUCCUUCCAAAACGUUGAUGAAAUCUCCGUCUACCUCACAUCAUUCAGAUAGUGACGAGUACUGA